AUGUCCACUACACCCUGGGUUCCAACAAAUUGUCGGAGAACAACGCACGUGACCUCACCUCCGGCUUGGCAUCAAAUUCAUCCCGGAGUUUUCAGUGAAAACUAUCUCCGUGCCGGGCCUCAACAUCCAUCAGUCCGCACCGAAUUGACCGAGCUCUCCAGAAGUCCCAGGAGCCAGGAGCUUCGUCUAAUUUCUACUUCGCCUUUCAAUUGCCCCACGACAACCCUCCAUCCCGCCACCAUGAUCUGCCAACGAUGCCGCACCGGCAUCCUCUCACGCCUCCAACCGCAACAAACCCUCACUCGGACAGCUUCUCGCCAAAACCUCCUCCAACGCCCCCAAUUCCAACAAACCAGUCCCUACAGUGAUGGCAAACCCUCCGUCUCCGCUACCCCCCCACCACCCAAACCCCGCCAGCCCAUCGCGGACGACAUCUCAAUACCCUCCGCCGUGUCCUCGGCCUCGCCCGGCGUUUCGCAACCGCUCAGCACCCCCGAGAGCGGCGUGCAUGCAGACGUGCACCCGGAACAACCGGUGAAGCGGGCGCCUAAGGUUGUCAGCAGCUGUCCGGCGGGGACGAAGUUGAAUGGCUUGAACUAUUUUAAGAAUAAGCCGGAUGUGUUUGCACGGGAGGACGAGGAGUAUCCGGAGUGGCUGUGGGGGUUAUUGGAGCAGUUUGAGAGCAAGAAGAAGGCGCAGGAUGGGGGCGUUGAUCCUAGCACUCUGAAUAAGAAGGGCCGGAAGAAGUUGGAAAAGAAACUUGCCGCUCAGGCUGCUGCCAUGCCUCCGAAGAUUCCCGUCCACCACCAAGCUACCGAUAUCACGCCCGCGUCCUACAGCCGUCCUGAGACCGGAGAUAUCUUCACGGAGGCUACUGCAAGUCUCGAGAAGCGUACCGAGAUCACGAAGAGCGCACGCGAGGCUAGAAGAAAGGCUAUUCGGGAGUCUAACUUCCUGCGCGGGCUUUAA